CCUCUAUUCUUCCCUCCUCAUCUUUACUCCCUCUACAACUUCAUCACCAUGAACCUCCGCCAAAUCAACGCCCACAACCUCUCCACCUUCCGCCACCACUAUGUCUCCGAGAUCUCUGGCUCCCUCGGCGACCUGGGCACAUUCCUCCCCAUCGCCAUCGCUCUAGCCGUCAACAACACCGUCUCCCUCUCCAGCACGCUAAUCUUCUCCGGGCUCUUCAACAUUCUCACAGGCAUUUUCUUCGGUAUUCCCCUACCCGUCCAACCCAUGAAAGCCAUCGCCGCCGUCGCCAUCGCCCGCACCUUCACCAACGGCGCCAUCGCAGCAGCCGGCCUCUUCGUCGCAGCCUUCAUCCUCCUCUUCAGCGUAACCGGCCUCCUCACGCGCUUCGCCAACGCCAUCCCCAUCCCCAUCAUCAAAGGAAUCCAAGUCGGCGCCGGCCUCUCCCUCAUCAUUGCCUCCUGCAACUCCCUCCUCAACAACCUCUCCUGGCUCUCCCCCUCCUGGGCCGACAACCGUCUCUGGGCCCUCGCCGCAUUCUGCUUCCUUCUCUUCACCACCGUCUACCGCACCGUCCCCUACGCCCUCCUCGUCUUCCUCCUCGGUCUCAUCUUCGCCCUCAUCCUCUCCACUCUCGCCUCCGACCUCCCUUCCCUCUCCCUCUGGCACCCUUACACCGUCCUCCCCUCCCCAUCAGACUGGUCCACAGGCAUCCUCGACGCCGGAAUCGGCCAGAUCCCCCUCACAACACUCAACUCCAUCGUCGCUGUCGUCCACCUCGCCCAUGACCUCCUCCCCACACACACCAACUCUUCACACCUCAACGUCACCUCCAUCGCCCUCAGCGUCUCCGCUAUGAAUCUCCUCGGCUGCUGGUUCGGCGCCAUGCCCGUGUGCCACGGCUCUGGCGGCCUGGCGGCGCAGUACCGCUUCGGGGCGCGUUCCGGCGCCAGCAUCAUCUUCCUUGGUGUGUUUAAGCUCGUGAUCGGGGUGUUCUUUGGUGAGUCGCUGGUCGGUUUGUUGAAGCGGUUUCCUACGGCCUUGCUGGGCGUUAUGGUUAUUGCGGCAGGAAUGGAGUUGCUUAGUGUUGGGGAGAGUUUGAACACCACGGGUGCGAGGGAUAUUCGGAAGGCGGUUGCAGGCCAGGGGGGCUUGACGGGCGAGGAUAUGGGGCCUAUGUUGAGUGAUUUUGAGAGGAAGAAGAGGUGGAUGGUAAUGAUGGUUACGGUAGGCUUGUUGGUUGGGUUUAAGAAUGAUGCUGUCGGGUUCUUGGGGGGUUUGUUGUGUCAUUGGGCUUUUGAGAUUCCGGCGGCGGUAGAACGGGGGUUGACGAGGUGGAGAGAGGGGAGAGUGAGGUUGGAGUAGAUUGGGUAGGUGGGUGUUAUUAUGUAGUAGGGGAGGGGAGGAGGUGGUGAGUGUGUAUAUAUGAGGUUUGGCUUUGGUUAUAUGACAUUGAUGAUGUGUGAUGACGAUAUGAUAAAAAUGUCUGUGAUUGCAUUGCAUGUUGCGGUUCUGUGUCUGUCUGCAUUGAAAGUGCUAUGCUGUUAUAUAGCUUGGUCUAAGCAAGGAUGCUUUAUUUCUAUACUCUAUAUCAGUCUAUCUCUAUCUCUAUGUCUAGUCUAUCUCUCUAUACACUGUAUAUGCAAACAACUGUACAAUCUAUCCUCUGGGUCAGGGUACUGACCCAACAACUUCAACAACCCAGCUCAUCCAUCUCCCAUCCACUUGCACCCCCUCGCUCUCAAGUCACCCGACACACCGGCACAUCCCCAACAUCCGUAUGCCUUACUCUACUCCGCCUUCUUCGAAGCCUUUGUCCGAAGCUUCAUCAAUGCGAACACCAAC